AUGAAUCAAAUCUCCAACCUUUCACAAAUGUCGCGUUUUGCCGAGAAUCUGUCGUACGAUCGUCUCAAGUCUGAGUUUCAAUCGGUUCAGGGCAAGCUGUCUUCGGUGCGUCCUUUGCCAGAGUUCUUGAACAUGCGUAAGAUGUCCAAGCCUCAAAAUUUUGGCGACGCACAGUCGAGAAUGUCUUACAAUUUACGCUAUUAUUCGGCCAAUUAUGCGGUAAUCGUGGGUGCUUUGAGCAUUUACACGUUGGUGACAAAUCCUUUGUUGCUUUUCCUGAUCGUGUUUGUGCUUGCUAGUAUUACCGGUAUCAAUAGACUCCAAGGUCAAGAUUUAGUGUUGGCCGGAGGACGUGUUUUCAAGCCCUCGCAAUUAUACACUGCUUUAUUCUGUGUUGGGGUUCCUUUGUUUAUUCUCGCAUCGCCAAUUUCCACGAUGACUUGGCUGAUUGGUGCCUCGGCGGUGUCCGUCUUGGGGCAUGCUUCUUUGAUGGAAAAGCCAAUUGAAACUGUUUUUGAAGAAGAGACAGUUUAA